AUGGAGAAGCAAUUUCAAAGUGCUUAUACAACGGCAAAAUUUAAAGAGUUCCAGCGAGAGCUAAUGGGGAAGAUUUCUUGUGAUUUAUCUUCAUAUAAGAAAGAUGCUUACGUUUCAGAAUGCAAAGUGGCUGAAGAUAUAUUAUUUGGAGAAAGCCAUCGCCGUGUAUCUUUUAAUGUGUGCUUUGAUGAAGAUACUCAUGAGGUUUAUUGUAAUUGUCGGUUAUUUGAAUAUAGGGAAAUAUUGUGUAGGCAUCAAAUUGUGGUGUUCAUUCACAGGAAGGUUGAUCAAAUACCGGAUAAGUACAUUUUGAAAAGAUGGUCCAAAAAUGUUAAAAGGAGCCAUACAAAAGUGCGAAUCAGUUAUGACAACUGGGCUCUCAAACCUGAAGCACGCCGAUUUGAUAAAAUGUGUAAUGUCUUCUGCGAGGUUGCGGAUUUGGCUAUAGUGUCCGAAGAUUGGAGUGAGAAGUUCAUAGAAAGAAUAUGUGAGUUUUGUGAGCUGUAG